AUGGAUGCACCCAUAAUUGAUACAAACAACACAACAAAUGAAAUCCUUAAUAACGCGAAGACCCCCCCCCCCCCAACUGUAUCUCCAUCUUUGCAGGAACCACCUACUACACCGAGACCUUCGACUCCCGAUUCUACCGCUUCAAUUCCGAGACCAAAUCUCGGUCCAAUAUAUUCAGCUGUAUAUUCAGGUGUACCCGUAUAUGAAUUUCUUGUUCGUGAAGUUGCUGUUAUGAGACGAAGACCAGAUUCUUAUCUGAACGCCACUCAGAUCUUAAAAGUUGCUGGUCUUGAAAAAGGAAAGCGUACAAAAAUCAUUGAGAAAGAAGUUUUAACGGGUGAACACGAAAAAGUUCAAGGUGGAUAUGGUAAAUAUCAGGGUACUUGGGUUCCCUAUGAAAGAGGAAAGGAGUUAGCAGAACAAUAUGGAGUUCUUGAAAUAUUACGUCCAUUAUUGGAAUAUAAACCACCAGUUCAUGAUAUACCUUAUUCUUCUUCUCCCUAUACACCUACGAAAGAGCAAGCGAUGGCAGCCUUACGCAGACAAGCAGCAAAAGCUACCAGUAAUUCCCCUUCUCCUCAAAUCAAUAUACAAAACAAUAUCAAUUCACCUAUUAUUCAAAAUAUGGUGGUUGCAAAUAGUGGUAAUGGAAUUACACCAUCAGAAGUAUCAGAACCUCCACUUACCACUUCAGAUGUGGAUGAAACAGAAAGGCAAAGAAAUGUUUUGAUGGCAAUAUUUCUUAACGAAGAUCCUAAUCAAUUACCUGAUCUUCUUUCAAAUCCUUCUUCACCAGAAGAUAUUGAUUAUGAUUCCGUCAUUGAUGAUCAUGGUCAUACUGCACUUCAUUGGGCAGCAUCUUUGGCUCGUUUACAAGUUAUGGAAUUAUUAUUAACACGAGGUGCUAACGUAAAACAAGUAAAUAAUGAAGGAGAAUCAGCUUUAAUACGUGCCAUUCUUGUAUCUAAUAAUUAUGAAGUACAAACUUUUCCUGCCGUAAUAAAUCUUCUUCAUGAUACAAUUCCAAUGACAGAUAAAGAUAAUCGAACAGUCUUUCAUCAUAUAGCUAUGACAUCAGGAACGAAAGGUCAUGCAGCAGCAGCGAAAUAUUAUAUGGAUUGUUUACAACAAUGGAUUGCGAAAAAUAUUAAAGGAAAUAUCUCUUCAAUAUUAAAUAUUCAAGAUAAAAAUGGGGAUACAGCCUUGAACAUUUCCGCACGUGUUGGUAAUCGUCAAUUGGUUCGUCAACUUAUGGAAAUGGGAGCUAGUAAAAAUAUAGAAAAUAAUAUAGGGUUAAAAGCGGAAGAUUUUGAUAAUACGGAAUUUAUGGAAUAUGAUGAUGUGAAUGAAAGGAAAUCCGAUAACCCUCCUACAGAAUAUUUCAUUCAACCUAUUCAACCUGUUCAAUCUAUUCAACCUUCUUUAAUUAGUCUUAAUUAUCCUAAUAGAAAGUCCCAUGAUAUCGGAUUAAGUAUUCAAAAAAUAAUUGAUGAUGCGGAGAUUGAAUGGAUUGAACAAUUACGAUUAAAGGAGAAUCAACUUGCUGAAACACGAAGACAAUAUAAUAUUACUUCAAAAUUACUUGCUGAAGCGAAACGUGUUACUCAUUAUUAUAAACAGAAUGAAAAAGAUUUUGAUGCAACCGAAGAGUACAUCCAACAUCUUGAAAAGGUAUUGGUGGCAGAAGGUCAAGAUGAAACUUAUACUUCAUGUAAACGUCAAAAAAUAGAACAUUCAAAUGGAGAAACAUCCGCGUUGGAUGUUCUCUCGACUGAAAAUGAAUUACUUCGACAAGAAAUCAAUUCCGUAAGAGAAAUGUCAUACAACAAAGUUUUAGAUUACAAGAGAGUCAUAUCUACAUGUUGCAAAAUUGAAUUCGAAAAAGUAGAUGAUUAUGUCGAAUCUAUGGUAGUAGCAUUUGAUAGUGACAAGGUGGAUUUUAAUAAUCCUUAUUUCAACGAUUUGAUGCAUAAAGUAUGUAACGAUUGA